AUGGUCGGUCCACCCGUCAGCACCCGCGAUCGCCUUCGUCACCAGCACGUCCCGCUGAUCUCGCCUCCGGACGAGGACAUAGUCCAGCAGGUGCCACUGACGCGACCGAGGAUGCCUCCAGGUGGCCUUCUCUCGCUCCGGCAGACAGAAGAACGUGUUCGUCAGGAUGAGGCGGUGUUCUGCGCAGGUGCGGAGGAGAAGCAGGCCGUUGUCGUUGGAGCCGCGGAGACCGUGAGGACCCAGCACUCCCCUCCAGGCAGUAUGGUCUGUGCCGACGCGGGCGUUGAAGUCACCAAGGACAAUCAACUUGUCCGCCUUCGACACAGUCGCCAAGAGGGCGUGCAGGUCCUCGUAGAAUUUGUCUCUGACGGCGUCGGAACUGGUCAUCGGCGGAGCGUAGGCGCUGAGGAUGGUGGCGAACUUGCCUCCUCGCCGGAGGGGCAGGCGGAGGCUCAUCAGGCGAUCGUUGAUUCCCUGCGGCAGACAGGGCAGUCGUCCCACGAUGUCGGUCCGGAUGGCGAAGGCGACGCCCGCGUCUCGUCGCUCAGCCCUGGGUCGACCACUCCAGAAGAAGGUGUAGCCGGCACCCACCUCCUCGAGUUGGCCUUGUUCGGAGAAUCGGGUCUCGCUGAGUGCGGCGAUGUCCACCUUGUAGCGCGCCAGUUCUCGUGCCACUAG